AUGGAGAGGGGACUGGCGGCCGAGGAUACGCAAAAUGGAAACCAGGAGGGUCGAGGCUCCAAUUCAAGGAAUCGCGGCAGCCGCCAAGAGCAAAGGAGCUUCGGAGAUACUCUGAGGAAGGAGCAGAAGCAGGGGCCAGGGAACCCUGGCAAGAAGGGAGGAGGGAGGACCGGAAUGAACGGGAAGGAGCGGGCGGACAUGUUGAAGCUGGCAGUCAAGAUCGUGUCCGAGGAUCGAAGCGUCUCUGUCGAGGUCCCCUCCAGUGCGUCUGCUGUGGACCUGAAGAGGAAGGUUGGGCAGCAGCUGCAGCAUGCCAUCGGGGAGGAGGAGGCCGAGCGUAGUUUGCGGCUUAUCUUCUCGGGGAAGGAGCUGGACGGGGAGAGAGCACUGAAGGAGUUCAACCUGGCGAGCGGCUCUGUUGUCCAUGUUGUCAUCGUGAGAUCCCAGCUCGGGGUCUCCUCUCCUCCUGUGAGCGAUGGGCCGCCCCCUGUGCAAGGGGUCGCUGAGGAGGAGGGCGCAGGAGAGGGGAAGGAGGAGGGGAGGAAGGAGGAGGAGAGGAAGGAGGAGGAGAGGAGGGAGGAACCGUGUACGACGUCUCGGAUCCCUUGCGAUGCUCUCUGCUACGCUGAGAAGAAGUGGCGCAGAGGAUUCCGCACCAAGAAGACUGAGAAGGGGUACAUGGUCCAGUUCUCGGAAGGGGAGGACGGGGAGGUACAGGACACGCAGGGCAAGCACAUCAGACUACGCGCGUACUGGUGGAGAAAUCUCAAGGAUGAGGAGGAUGUGAUAUCGUUGGAGCCGCUGAAGAAGCUGAAAUAUGAGCCGUUCGAGCUCCCGUCCUCCUCGGAGAAGAUCUACUGGUUCGACGGCAGAGUCCUUGCCAACUAUCUCGUCUCCUCUGCCAACUUCGUCCACCCGGUGUCAAGGAGGCCGCUGGAGAGGAAGGAGGUGGUGGAGCUGGACGCGUAUCUGGAGAGGAACAAGUGCGGCAAGGCGUGCGUGACUCACGUGUACGACCAGAAGGAUAGCAGCAGCGAGAACGCGCAGAACCACCUCAGAGGACGUGCAGAGGAGGCGGGAUAG